AACUUGACAUUGCGACAAGAGGUUCCCCAAGAAACACACAGGAGGAGUUAAACUCUUUUGUCUAUGGACUCUUCAAUUGUGGCACAACUGUUUCGGCAGCUAUUUCGACAUAAGAAUUGUCGUGUCUUACGAUCCCAUUCCUCGUUUUAUUCUCGAGCUUGGAACGGGCACGGUACGCAGUUAAGAUGUUUGUCGAGCAUCAGCAGGAGGGGCAGAGGGGUGAAGGAGACGAGCAAGAAUGAAAGCCAUUGGCAGCAGAGAACAGACUUGUUUCCUGUAGAUAUGAUGGAGGAGUUUAAUAAAUAUCCCAUGGUUACAGCAGAUCAGCUCAGGGGGAGGAGGGAAAGACCUAGACGUGUAAAGAUGCUGACGCGAGAUUUUAUUGAAGGUAUCCACAAACCGCGUUAUCACACAGCAGACCUUACUGACACACUAUGCAGAUAGUUUAUACAAUCCUUCUUAUGGUUAUUUCUCCAAACAAGUAGUAAUCUUCACUCCUGGCGAACCUUUCGAUUUUAACUCCCUCGAAGACGAACCAGCUUUCCACCGUCUCCUGGGUCAACGGUACACCGAGUUUGAGGAUGAGCUGGAUCUUAAAUCUCCCAACGAGACCCGUCAACUAUGGCAUACACCGACGGAGCUCUUCAGACCCUACUACGGCGAAGCUAUAGCCCGGUAUUUGGUCAAUAAUUACAAAAUAUGGCAAUACCCGUACCACGAUCUCAUAAUCUACGAAAUGGGAGCCGGAAACGGCACCCUCAUGCUCAAUAUCCUCGACUACAUUCGCGUCACAGAACCUGAGGUUUAUGCCCGCACAAAGUUCAAGAUCAUUGAGAUAUCGAGCAAUCUCGCGUCUUUACAAAAAUCACACCUCUUAAGGAACGCUAAUUCUCGGGGACAUUCAUCUAAAGUUGAAAUAAUCAAUAAGUCAGUCUUUGAAUGGAACCAGAUAGUACCGUCGCCAUGUUUCUUCCUAGCCAUGGAAGUUUUCGACAACUUUGCGCAUGACUCCAUCCGAUAUGACCCUGUCACGGAAGAACCUCUCCAAGGCACCGUCCUGAUAUCCAACACUGGCGACUUUUACGAGUUCUACACACCCACUAUCGACCCCAUAGCAUCCCGUUUCCUCCGCGUACGACAUGCUGCUACAAAUGGAAAAUAUCCACACCCACUUCCUCAGAACAAACUAGUGAGAUCAUUGAGAAAUAGCAUGCCAUUCGCUCCGAAUCUCAGUCAGCCGGAAUAUAUACCUACGAGACUUAUGCAUUUUUUCGAUAUAUUGGCCAAAUAUUUCCCGGCGCAUAGGUUGGUGACGAGUGAUUUUCAUUCGCUGCCGGAUACAAUCAAGGGAGUUAAUGCGCCAGUUGUGCAGACGAGAUAUAAAAGGAGGACGGUUCCUGUGUCGACGCCCUUUGUGAGCUUAACUAUUCCUUCGCCUUUUCCCCUUUUCUGCUUCAUGGGCUAAUACAAGAUAGGUACAUCAAGGAUAUUUCGACAUAUUGUUCCCUACUGAUUUCGCGGUCAUGGACAAUGUAUACAGAGCCAUCACAGGGAAAUUUACACAAGUUUUAUCACACGAAGAGUUUCUGAACCGAUGGGCUUAUGUGGGACAGACGGAGACCAAGAAUGGGGAGAAUCCUCUUUUGACGUGGUAUAAAAAUGCCAGCGUUCUUACCACAGUAUGAGAAAUGAAAUACCAAGUAACUGUGCACAUUGCAAAAUUCCUAUCAGCGCACAGUAUAUGAUAAAAUUUGGGUAUCUAUUUAUACUAUCUGGCAACUAAUCCUUUCUAGCUGGCCAUGUACAAAGCCUGCCUAGUUGGAGGGAAAAAGAGCUUAACACAAAGCUGUAUGUUCGCAGAAUUAAAAAUGAUGUCGUCAGCUAUAGAAGCAUUCCCACAUGUUGCUCCAACUUUUGAAGUUGGAGCACGUAGGUCUAAAUAUAUUGAUGAAAA